UUCUCCUUCUGCUUCAUCAUCUUUACUUCUAUGGACCCGUUCUUGUAUCUGUAUGUGGAUGUUCCAGGUCCCCAGGUCGUGAAUUAGAUUUUUGUUGGCAAUGGGAGACUUCGACAGCCAUAUAGAUUCGGAAUAGAUUCCAAAUAGAUUUGAGAUAGAUGGUUUCUGUUUUCCGAAAAAGCGUCUGCAGUUCUGCAGCACGCGAUCGAACGGAGAAUAAAAACAGUCACCGAAGUCGCGAGCUGGGCGAAAAAUGAGAACAAUUCUGCCCAAAAUUUCCCGGGCCGAUGAGAAGUGGCCACAAGGUGCCUGCCCUAGCCCGAGAAAGUGGCCAGGUGAAGGGGGUAAUCUUGCAGCGCAAGCGCCGCGCUAUGCUUUUAGUUGGGCCUAGACUCUCGGACCAAGUAAGAGCAUACCCUGGCGCCUGGGAAAAAGAUUGCUCUGGCCCGCAAAAGUUGGCACAGGCGCCACGGCAUUCUUUUGCCAGGGCUGCCAGGUUUUAAGGCCAGGCACUGUCACAGCGGUGCGCCUGUGAUGCGAAAUUCUCCUGGCCCGAGAAAGUGGCCAGAGCGAUGAUGUGGGAGCGUGGUGUUUCUGAUGCGAAAAUGUUCUGGCCCGAGAAAGUGGCCAGAUAAGGGGGGGCGAUCUUGAAGUACAAGCAGCACGCUGUGCUCUUACCCGGGCCUCUCGACUUUGAGGCCAGGUAAGAGCAUAGCAUGGCGCUUGGAAGGAAAAAAGGCCGCGUCAGCCGAAAAAAAGUUGGCCAAAACACCACGGCACUCUCUUACCUGGCCUGGCAAAUUUUUGGGCCAGGUAAGAGAGCAGCGUGGUGUUUGGGAUGCGAAAAUGCCCUGGCCUGAGGAGGUGGCCAGGAGAAAGAGACACUUUUUUAAGCACAAUCGCCCUGCUGUGCUCUUACCUGGGCCUCCAGACUUUGAGGCCAGGUAAGAGCAUAGCAUGGCGUAUGGAAGGAAAAAAGACCGCAUCGGCCCAAAAAAAGUUGGCCCAAACACCACGGCACUCUCUUACCUGGCCUGCCAAGUUUUGGCGCCAGGUAAGAGCAUAGCGUGGCGCUUGGAAAUAAAAAAGGCCCCGUCGGCCCAAACAAAGUUGGCCCAAACACCACGGCACUCUGUUCCCUGGCCUUCCAAGUUUUGGGGCCAGGUAAGAGAGCAGCGUGGUGUUUGGGAUGCGAAAAUGUCCUGGCCUGAAGAGCGGAAGCGGCCAGAUGAAAUAGACAUUCUUUCGCAAACCAUUUGCGAAAGAUUUUUUGCGAAAGAUUUUUUGCGAAAGAUUUGCGAAAUAUUUCGCAAAAAGCUUGCGAAAAAAAUCGCAAAAGCGAAGGCGGGAACUUUUACUCAGGUAAGACCAUACCAUGCAGAUUGGGCUAUUUUCCUUGCCACUUUUUUGCGCCUGGACGGGCGCCAAAAAAAUCUAUUUCAAAUCUAUUCCGGAUCUAUUUUCAAUCUAUUUUGAAUCUAUUUUGACGGAGGCCAGACAAGCAAAGUUCUUCCCUUGUUCGCCUGGCCAUUUUUUCAGGCAAGAGCAGCUCGCUUUGCAAGUGCCGCGCCAUGCUCUCACCGGGGCCGAAGAUCUGCCGGCCCCGGUAAGCGCAUAGCGUGGCGCCUGUGCUUCAAGAUCUAUCAUCUCCCUCGCCUGACCACCUCCUCAGGCCAGGACAUUUUCGCACCCAAGCACCACUGUAUGUGGAUGUUCCAGGUCCUCAGGUCGUGAAUUAGAUUUUUGUCUAUCUCCGAGGGAGGGGCGGCAAGUAGUACCUUGCGAACGUCCAAGCCAGCCCUCCCUGGCUUCUGAGCUUGGUCUUAAUGUUGUUGCUGCUGCUGCAAGCGGAAAGCGCAGUCGGAGAAGCCUAAUCCUGUGACCCUCCGACCCUGCAAAGGCGCAAGAGCCGGCGCGCUUGGUGGCUGUCAUUGGAGCGCCGAGCGAGAGCAGGUGGCGGCGGUUGCUCUUUCUAGCAGCCGGCGACCAGCCCUUCUAGGCAGGCAACCCAAUUCAGUCCGACAGACAAUCCGGCUGCAAUCCAGGUCAAUCCGAAAACAGUCCAAAAAAAUCUGCCAUAUUAGAAUCCAGGCCCAGACUUUUUUGGACUGAAUUUGGUUGAGGUCGUGGAUUGAGGUUUGUCCGGCCAACUUCAAACGCCGGAUUGGAUUUUUCGGACCAACUUCAAACGGCGGAUUGGAUUUUUCGGACCAACUUCAAACGGCGGAUUGGAUAUUUCGAACCAACUUCAAACGCCGGAUUGCAGUCGCCUCGUCAGGCCAUGCCCGCUUCUGCUGGGGCCGGCGCUUCGCGCCGGCAUAUGCUGCCCCCCUGACUUGAAUCGAGAUCAAAGCCUGCUGUAGCCCGGGUUUUGCGCUUGACCUGUCGGGCUGCCCCCAGUUUGUUUGUUGCGGUCGUUGGGUUUGGGCCGCUCGCGCGUUGGGCUCUAGUGGGUCUGCUAGGAGGCAGCAAGGCGCGGCCACGUCUGUCGCGUUGUGUCUCUGUAUGUGGUUUGUUCAAGAAGAGGUGGGGCCUCGGAUGUUUUGCGAAGGUAGAAGAGUCAUGUAGGCCCUCGCGACGAGAGUCCCGGGGACCCCUGUUGCCGGCAUGCAAGAGGGAUGGCAGGUUCUAUUUUGGGGAACUCCCUACGUAGGGCCGCGGGGGGCGCCGGCACUGUGAUUCGGGUUCUUUGAGUAGGGGCAUUCGUGGUGGUGUGUCGUUCCAAUUUAGCCUAGGUAGGAUUCCGCAUUGCCUGGCAGGAUUGUUUGCUGGUUGAAGGCUGAGCUCUCCUGCGUUCCCAAGCGGAAUCCUAUGCCGCGGGAGGUGAGGGCUUCGGAAAGUCCAAGCAGGUCGCUCAUGCUAGUCUAAAAAGUGCAAUUUCGAAAAUGUUUGAAAUGAGUUUGAAGCUGUUUCGAACCGGAAUUAGGCCUCGGGCCCGUUUGAUAUAACUGUAUGUUGAUGUUCCAGGUCCCCAGGUCGUGAAUUAGAUUUUUGUCUAUCUCAUGUUCUCGCGGUUGGUAGCACAGCACCAGGGCAAGCAAGGUGUAGUAAGUU